AAUAAGUGUGGCAGUGUAGAGAACCUUGCAGCCAGUCUCCAGGACACUCUCCUCUUUCUGCUUGUCUGAGCUCUAACUUGUGUGGGCACUAUGUCUGACACAGAGGAUGUUGAUGUUGAGGAAUACGAAGAGGAAGCUGGAGAGGUAGUAGAGGUAGAGGUAGCCCCAGAAGCAGCCCCAGAGGCUGAGCCAGAGCCAGAGCCAGAGUCUGAGCCUCAGCCCGAGCCUGAGCCAGAGCCUGAGGAAGAACCUGAGCCUGAGCCAGUACAAGAGGUGCAUGAGGAAGAGGCCUAUGAAGAGGAAGUGGAGGAGGGAGAGCAAGAUGAAGAGAAGCCAAAAUACAAACCCAGUGCACCAAAAAUCCCAGAAGGAGAGAAAGUGGACUUUGAUGACAUCCAAAAGAAGCGCCAGAAUAAGGACCUCAUUGAACUGCAGGCACUAAUUGAUGCCCACUUUGAGUGCAGGAAGAAGGAAGAGGAAGAGCUUAUUGCUCUGAAGGAGAGAAUUGAAAAACGCAGAGCUGAGAGGGCAGAGCAGCAGAGGAUUCGUGCUGAGAAAGAUAAAGAGCGUCAAGCAAGACGUGAGGAGGAGAGGCUGAGGAAGGAGGAAGCAGAUGCUAAGAAGAAAGCAGAAGAGGAUGCUAAGAAGAAAUCUGUUCUCACCAGCAUGGGCUCCAACUACAGCAGCUAUUUGCAAAAGGCUGAUCAAAAGAGAGGAAAGAAGCAGACAGAGAGAGAGAAAAAGAGGAAGAUCUUGGCCGAGAGACGCAAGCCUCUGAACAUUGACCAUCUGAAUGAGGACAAGCUAAGGGAGAAGGCCAAAGAGUUGUGGGAGUGGAUGUACAAACUUGAGUCUGAAAAAUUUGAUCAUAUUGAGAAGCUGAAGAGGCAGAAGUAUGAGGUCAUCUCACUCCGCAAUCGUAUUGAUGAGCUGCAGAAGCACUCCAAGAAGGGUGCUGCUGCUCGCCGCAGAAAGUAAAGAGCUCAUCAAUAAGGCCAUAACAUUGGACAAGCCAUGCCCUGAUCCACUGCUCCAUGCCAGGGCCGUGUCCACUUGGCCUCCGCCAGCUGUACUCCUGGUCUUCAGACAGCCAGAGACAGAUUCAGCUUUGACUACCAAUUACCUUAUGUAUUCCGUCAGGCCCAAUACUAGCAGUGGGAGACCCCUCUUCCCGCUGACCGCUGUUGGGUUCUUAUUCUGUGUGUUUGUAAAUAAAAUUCUGGCUCACCAG